AAAGAGCGUUGACAUUCGAGUUUGAGGGAGGAAUUGCGUUCGAAUAAAUUUGCGGAGGUCGUGGUAAAACCAUAACUUGGAGUUUUAGCUUAAUCUUAGUCUAAGAAAAAUAUAUCCUCACACAAACAUGUCUGAUGCAGUAAAAAACGUGGCGAUCUUUGGCUCCACGGGAAUGACGGGGUUGGUGACCGUACCUAUUGCAUCUGCUGCGGGUUACAACGUGACUGUGUUGGUGAGGGAUCCUGCCAGGCUUCCUGCUGACCACAAAGCUUCAAGAGUUGUGGUUGGAGAUGUCCUCAACAAAGAGGAUGUGAAGAAGACCUUGGAGGGCCAAGAUGCUGUAAUCAUCAUCCUUGGGACCAGAAAUGACCUCAGUCCCACUACCAUGAUGUCUGAGGGAACACGGAACAUUCUUGAAGCCAUGAAAGCCCGUGGGAUCCGCAAGGUUAUUGGCUGUAUGUCAGCUUUUCUUCUGUGGGAUCGGGCUAAGGUUCCUCCCCGUCUAGUCCCUGUUACUGAAGACCAUGACAGAAUGUACACACUACUGAAGGAGUCAGGCCUGGACUAUGUGGCAGUUAUGCCUCCACACAUUGCUGAUAACCAUCCUUUGACUGAGAAGUACUCUGUAACAGAGAACAUGCUAAAAGGAAGAGUUAUUUCCAAGAACGACCUUGGUCAUUUUUUUGUCAGGUGUCUUUCCACCUCAGAGUGGGAUGGAAAGACAGUGGGUGUUUGUGGAGAUUACAGUUAAACUAACCAUGCCUUUGCUUGAAUGUGCCAGUAGAGGUCUACAUUUUAAAUAACAUGCUAACGUUUAUUUUACUUACUUGUAAGCCAGCACUUGGAACUUUUCUUAAAGUGCCCAUUCAAGAUUUACUACCACCAGACUUUUUCAUAGACAAAAAUAACAUCCAUAAUCCAAAUAAUUUUUUUUUUAAAUCCCAAAUUGGUUGUUUCCCAAUAUCACAAAUGUAUUACAAUGUUUCUGUUUGUUCUAUUAAAAGGGGAAAAGUUGUUAAACUAA